AUGUCCCUCAAUACAGUAACCGGCGGCCUAAACAAGGGCCUGCCCACCGACACCGUCAACAACGUCGCAUCAGGAACCGUCAACCAGACCACGAAACAGCUCAACAGCACCACCGAAAAGGUCACCGACAAAGCCAUUCCAGGCGAGUACCCCUCCGACGACCAGAAAUAUGACAAGCCAGCGCCGGACAUCUCCUUCUCGGCCAUCUGGUCCUCCUUCAAGAACUGGCUGUUCUCCUUCUUCCCCAGCCUCAUGGACCGAUUCGAGAACUGGAUCAAGGGCCUGAUCGCCUGGUUACUCCCGCCCCCGCGCCAAGCCAAAAUGUACGAAGCCAUCCUGAACCGACCCAUCGCCUCGACGUUCAUCAUCUGCCAGCUGAUUUGCUGCGGGGUUCCGCUGCUCGUGUUCCUGGCCGGGGUGUUCCUCUUUGCUGCCGUCGCGGUGCUCCUCUGGGCGGUGCUCUCGUUGAUCCUGGCGGGGCCGAUCUUGCUGGUUGCCAGUAUGAUGGGGGUCUCGCUCUGGGGUUGGGGGUGGAUCUUAUAUGGGAUGGUCAAGUUUAUUGAUCAGCAUUUCCUCGGGGGGACAAUCACCAGGUUCUGGUUGUCUCAUAGUCAGGAGCAGGGGGAGGAUGAGCCGGAGGAUGAAAAUGAUGAGAAACCAGAAGGGAAGAAGGACACUUGA